CUCUGGCCUGAGAGCGCAGACAAACAGGAAGUUGCUGCCUUAUCGUUGAUUCCCUACGACUGCAACUGUAUUUUUCUCUAAAUAUACAAUGUAAAACGAAAAAACUUGAGCAACAAGACAACUUUAUCUGGACGCACAGAAGAACCACAAAGCGAAAAUAAGGAACAGAGGAGAACGAGUGAAAGACCUCGGAGUAGCUUACUAGAGAGCACCGAACGAAUUUCAGGUGUUCAACAACAUCAUUUCUGAUACCUCGUGAGCAGAACAAUAUGAAUCGUGAAAGAGAAACGUUGAUGGAUGAAAUUGAAGAGAGUUUAUGGACUUUAACAGAGGACAAUUUACGCUCCCUUUGUGAAUGCAGUGGAAUAGGUGGCAAGGAUGGAUCCGAAAUGAAAGGAAAGAAUCAACGAGCACUACGGCGUAAAAUCAUGGAGGAAACAUGGGAAAAUGAGGAUUUAAUGAAAUCUGAGGAUCGGGGAAUGUCAUGGUUACUCCAACUGAAAGAGGACAUCAAAAGGAUACAGGAUGCUGGGGGUGUGGCCUCCAGACAAUCAGCGUCAGCGCAGGUGGACGACGGAGCACAAGGAAGCUGCGACGCAGAACGUAAAGAGGAUGGAGGGAAUCUUUAUAGUUACCAGAACAACCCUCACCUGUCCCCCUUCCAAGAAUCCCCGGGUAGUGCUUCACUUGGACUCGAAAGCAGGAAAACACCGGGGCUGAGUGGAACGGUGAAAGGAGGAGAAGAGGAGGAGGAGGAGGAAGAAGAAGAUUUGAUUGAGGCAGCAGAGAAGAGUGUUAAAAAACGCCAGCCGAAACGCACAGUGAAAAAACCCCACUGCUGCUCAGACUGUGGCAAAAGCUUCAGUCACAAAAGUCAUUUGACUGUCCAUCAGCACACGCACACCGGAGAGAAGCCUUACCACUGUACGCAGUGCGAGAACAGUUUCUACUGCUCAUCUUAUCUGAUAUCACACAUGCGAACGCACACCGGUGAAAAGCCCUACCGCUGCUCCGACUGUGGGAAGAGGUUUGGCCAAUCGAACGCCCUGAAGCUACACCGCAUGCGAAGGCACACCGGCGAGCUGCCAUUCUCUUGUUUGGAUUGUCCGAAACGUUUCGUCACGUCGGCACACUUGAAAUCCCACCAGAGAGUCCACACGGGAGAGAAGCCCUACCACUGCUCGGACUGCGGGAAGAAUUUCUCCCACUCGAGCGCCCUGAGACUCCACCAGAAAACCCACAGCGGAGAGAAACCUUUCAUCUGCGAAUGUGGAAAGAGCUUCAUUAACUGGGCCCACUUAAACUCCCAUCAAAGAUCCCACACCGGUGAGAAGCCUUACUGUUGCGAGCAGUGUGGCAAGUGCUUCUCUGAAUCCGGCACCCUGUCAAAUCAUCAGAGAACUCAUACUGGGGAGAAGCCUUACAGCUGUGAUCAGUGUGGGGAGAGGUUCGCUCAGUCGGGAUCUCUGACAAUCCACCAGAGGACACACACAGGAGAGAAGCCCUACGCCUGCGAUCAGUGUGAGAAGAGGUUCAUUACCUCUAGCCACCUGAGACGCCACCAGAGGACUCACACUGGAGAGAAGCCUCACCUCUGUGAUGAAUGUGGCAAGAGCUUCACGCGGGCCGGAGCACUGGCGAGCCACCGCAAAACACACACCGGAGAGAAACCCUACAGCUGUGAUCUGUGCGGGAAGAGUUUUGUUCAGUCUGGGCAACUGACGAGCCACCAGCGCACACACACAGGAGCCAAGCCGUAUGGCUGCGAUCAGUGUAGUGAAAGAUUCACUCAAUCAGCCACCCUGGCCAAUCAUCAACGAACACACACGGGAGAGAAGCCCUACGGUUGUAAUCUAUGCGAGAAGAGCUUCGCUCAGUCGGGGCACCUAAAAAGUCACCAGAAAGCCCACGCCAAAGGAGGAAUGUAUCCUCUUCCAACUCUCUCCUCUCCGACAUCUGUUCCGGUACCUUCUGUAAGUUCUAAAUGGUCUAAAACUCAGCUGCCGGACUCCUCAGCCACACCAAGUUCUGAAACCACAUCACCAGUGUUCUAUGUGAACACUGGCUACCCGCUACACACAGCACCUUCUGCUACUAAACCCCCUUAUUGACUUGUUUUCUGCACCAGUGGUUGUCAAACCUCUCCUCAGGGACGUUUCGUGUAUUUUAAUCUAUUCCAGAACUAAUACACCUGAUUCAACUGGUCAACUAAUCCUAAAGCCCUUGACUAGGUGAACCAGGUGAGCUAGUUCAGGAAUACAACAAAGUUGUCAAACGUCUGGGGGUGUCCAAGGAGAGGUUUGAGAAACACUGCUCAACACCGUGGACACUAUGGGGUGGUUUCCCGGACACAGAGUAUCAUUUACAAAAUAAUUGAAUAGAGAUUCUCCAUUGAGCAUGUUUUUUAGUUUAGGGCUAGUGUAGUGGGGUUAUAUUUAUCAUAUGUGCAUGUCUACCUUACAUGCUACGCGUAAUAAGACAGCAAAAAAAGCCCAUUAAAUUAAUUAUCUGGCUCCAUAAGAUUAAUGGCAAUAUGCAAGAGACUAUAGUUAGUGUUACAAGACAUCCUUCUAGGCAUGGUCAGAGAGAGAACGAGGGAGACGAAGAAACCAUGGCUCAUGGGAGAGAGAGAGAAAUUGGGAGAGUAAUCUCACCACAGCAGUUCAGGAACCAAAAAAGAGAGAGGCAAUGAAUGUAAGACCUUUUAUAAUGUCAGACUUGUUUGAAUUCAAAAUCUGAGUUGUUGACCAAUAGCAUUACUGUAAAGCUAACCUCCAAUCAGAUAUUAUACCUACAGACCUGUAAAGACAACAGAAGCUCUGCUUGUCAGAGGUCUGACAAUGGGGUUGGAGAAUAACACAGAGAAGACGACACAGAGGACAUUCUGGCUUACAGUUGAUAAGAAGGGUCUCUUCUGGGGCUGGCCUGCUCUGAACUAUUAUUAAGCGUUGUCUCGGAAACCGGCUCUAUGGGCUAAACAACAUCAUACUGACCUGUUUCAAUGUCAUAGAACAUGUCAUAGUGAACUGUGUGUGUGGAGUGGGGGAUGUUUGGGUGAGUGAGUGGGGUGGGGGGGGGUGUUGAGAGUUUUAUCUUUCAUGUACUCCCAUUAUCAAUUCAAUUGUUAUAAUGUAGAAUGUUUUAACAAUAGUAGGUAUGUAUUCAUGUAUUCAAUUGAUCAAUAAAUUUAACCCAUUAUCUUCUCAACAAUGUCAGUUUAUCACCUUAAUUUUUUAGGACCCUUUAAAUAUAUAUAUAUAUAAUCUGUUUUAAUAUAAGUGCAUUGAGUGUGGGAAAUGUGCUCUACAAAAUAUAAUUAUUGUUAUUAAAGAAUUAAGAAACGACUCGUGAAACUGGAAUAAAGGAUACAUCU